AUGCGUUUCACUUCAAUGGCGGUCAUGGCCGGCUCGGCCCUGGCUUUUGAUGCCGCCUAUCCCCCUCCCAACAACUACGCCGCCCCUGCCGGGGCCAUGACCAGCGUCGCCGCCAACCCUCAGCCCGAGUCCCCCUCGACCGUCUACUCCACCAAGGUCCAUACCAUCAUUUCUUGCGGACCUGAGGUUGUCAACUGCCCGGCUCACAGCACCGUCGUCUCCACCGAGAUGCUCCCAGCCAACACCGCCGUUUCUCCUGGUGCUGCGGGCCCCGGUCAACCCGCCUACCCUCAGCCGGCUCCCCAGGCUUCUCAGCCCGCUGCCUACCUCCAGCCUGCCCCCGAAGCUUCGCAGCCUGCUCCUGAGGCGCCCCAGCAGCCCGCCCCCGAAUCCCCUGGGCAGUCCGCCUACCCUCAGCCUGCCCCCGAGGCUUCUCAGCCCACUGGCUACCCCCAGCCUGCUCCUGAGGCUUCUCGGCCCGCUGGCGGCCUCCCCAAUCCCGUCCCCGGUGCUGCCAUGCCCACCGGUGCCGGUUCUGGUGCCGUUCCUACUGCCGGUGCUGUCUGCCCUGCCAGCUCCGUCACCGCCAUCACCAAGACAUACACCACCGUCCUGACGUCGGUCGAGUACUCCACCAUCCAGACCGAGGGUCCUUGCGCGGCUGCGACCCAGGUUCCUCAAGUCCCCCAGGGGCCUAAUGGUCCUCAAGCUCCCCAGGGCCCCAACGGUCCUCAGGGACCCGUCGGCACUGGUGUCCCCGUGGCCCCUCCCGCUGCCUACCCCCCCAGUGCGAACACUCCUCCCAUGGGCAACAGCACGUAA